GAACGGCCCCAGUAGUUGAGUGCGACAGAACGCUGCACCAUCGCCACCGGACAUCAUGGAUGACCUUCCUCCAGAACAGAUACAAGUCCUGAAAAAGGCGUUCGAUGCCUUUGACCACGAGAAGAAGGGCUACAUCACCAUAGACACGGUGCAGACCAUCCUGGACAUGCUGGGCAUCAAGCUGGACGCGGACACGCUGCAGGAGGUCGUCGACGAGCUGGACGAAGACGGCUUGGGCCAGCUGGGCUUUGACGAGUUCGUCAUCCUGGCGGCCAGGUUCCUGGUUGAGGAGGACGCGGAGGCGAUGCAAGAGGAGCUGCGGGAGGCAUUCCGCCUGUACGACAAGGAGGGUAACGGCUACAUCACGACCGGAGUCCUGAGGGAGAUCCUGCGAGAGCUGGACGACAAGAUCACGCAGGAAGAGCUCGACAUGAUGAUCGAGGAGAUCGACUCGGACGGCUCCGGGACCGUUGAUUUCGAAGAGUUUAUGGAGGUGAUGACGGGAGAGUAAUUACACGAAACACAUUCCGGGCGGCGUCUGUGGUCGUCCUGUUCCAGGGUCUACGGUCACAACUGUAUGAAGCACUGCAGUACACCCUACUACCAGGAAACACGAGAUAUUUCAUUAUUUUUUUACUUUGUUAAUCAGCAGAACCAUAUAGUGUCUAUUCUUGUGCU